AUGGAGUCAAGCCGUGGCGUGCCAGAUGGGGAGAUGUUCCUGAGCAAGCCGGCGCCUGAUGACUGCGGCGACAGUCCUACCGUCGAGCCGCUGCGCAUCUUCAAGCCGCAGAGUCCCAGACCAGCGUCAGGCGGCGCAUCGUCAUCUUCGUUUAACAAACCAUCGUUCCCACUGCCUCCAGGCGCAUCGAGCUCGGCAGCCCCGUUACCGUUCCCCGAUGACGAUGACGUCCGCAAAUACACGCCUCCCAAACCGUACGGCUCCGCUUACAACGACACGUCGCCUCGCAUAGACACAAGCUCCGGUGAGAAGAAGCCUGGGCUUGCCGAGAGGAGAGGCGCCUCGCCCAAGGUCAUACAAUCCCCUUCGAGCCCCGAAGCAGACCAUGGGCUGUUCGCGAGGCCUUUGAAGGAGCAGCCUCGGCCUGCCUCCUCCAAUACGAACUACCCGACGUAUCAGAAGACCUAUUACCCUCCUCCUGACGCCGCGGCGAGCGCUGGCUCCUCUGGAAACGUCCCGCAGCCGCAGGCUACAGGAGCGAGCGUAGCAGGUGGCGGUAGUAGUAGCAGCCAGUCAACAAUGAACGACCAGGGGGUCAACCGGUUCGCUUCAACAGCCUCGAACUCCACAACGAGGGCGAACCGUGGCUCGCCUCCACCGCCCGAGACUCCGAUCGUAGAACCGGGCACGAUUCCUGGGGGAGGGAUAGAAGCACGGUACGCGGCGUCAGGGAUCUCAGGAACCGCGACUCUCAACAGCCUCCAAGCCCACCAAGCUCAGAGUGCCGCCGCGGCGCAGAGGCUGGCACAUUAUGGAAAUCAGCCGCCGCAGGUCCAGCGGCCGUGGACUCCUACUGAGGUCCCAGGACAAGCCCCUUCGGGUCCCCCUACGGUUUAUCAGGGGGCAAAUCCGAUCUCGAGUCCCCAGCCGCAGCCAACCUUUAGCCCACCUCCAGAACAACCCCCUCAGGAUCAACAGAGUGCUCCGGCCCAGGUCAGUGUCUUGGAACAGGAUUUCCAACGCCUGGGCACCAAAACACCACCUCCCGCUUACUCAAGCCUGAACCCGAAUGGAACGCCUGCCUACCCCAGCGAGAAGCAACGCCCACAGCAGCAGCAGCCUCAGCAGCAGCAAGCCCAACAGCCCACAGCUUCGCCUGCACCCGCUGCUAGCUCCUCGUCGACUCCUCCGCAGAAACCAGCCGCCGUAGUCGCGACAACCACAGGAGGCCUCGCCUCGCCGGCUCUUCAGCACCCAGGCCAUCCAGCAUUCGCCAAUGACCCUCGGCCGGAGACCAACGGCCAACCAUCGCAGACGGUAGCUUCACCGGCUCCUGUUGCUGCCACACCCGCCUCCCCUCCACCCUUGCCGGAAGGCUGGAUAGCUCACCUGGACCAGAACUCUGGCCAAUACUACUAUAUCCAUCUCGCUACUCAAGCCACGCAGUGGGAGUUUCCGAAAGGUCCGAACCCCAUUCAGCAUGAGCAGGCACCGCUUUCGCCCGUCGCCUCGACGUAUGGGAAUCCGUUGACAUCACCCAUGUUUGGCAAACAGUCGAUGGCGUCCCCCAUGUUCCCGCCACAUACCCCAGGCUACGCCGAAAGCAUCAUGAGUGUUGCUGCCUCCCAGACUCCGACGACUGCUGGCUUCUCUGGCCCCCCGCCGAGCUCUGGCGUCGAUAUGUACAGGAUACAGCCAACCAACGGUGUGUACUUCGGUCCAUAUCUGCGAUAUGUGAACAUGGAUCUUGAGAAAGGCAUGUGGCAUGGUAGCAUCCUGAUUGUUACCGAUGCCCCUCAACCACCUACCAUCCACUUGCACCUGAGUAUGGAUCUAUCACCAAAUCCGAGACAGCUGCAGCCUCGCGUGAUCUACACUCACCAACGCUGGUCCUUCUACAAAUACGAGAUCGAGGUGCAGAUGGGCGAAGGUGGCACCGAGAGGUGGACGUAUGCCGUAACGUCCCACUUGGGCUGCACUCGUUACGAGUUUGUUGUCGCCGGUCGCCACGAAAUCGGAUGGCGAUUUAUUGCGCACUCUGGAAAUGACUUCGCCGCGGGCACGACUCAGAAUGAACGUGCCAGAUUGGGUGGUGUCGGUUUCAUGUGGAAAGAUGUGCUGCAGAAGAAUGUUGACUGCGGCGGCUUCCACGUCCAACUCGGCCUCGGCGACCAAAUAUACGGCGACAGGUUGUGGAAGGAGGUUCCCCUCCUGAAACAGUGGUUGGCCAUGAGUGGUCGCGACAACAAGAAGAACGUCCAAUGGACAGCUCGCCACGAAGAGGACGUGUCACAUGCUUACUUUCACUUCUACACAAGCCACUUCGAUCAACCAUUCUUGCGCGAGGCGUUCGCUCAGAUCCCCCACGUUUUGCAGAUCAAUGACCAUGACAUCUUUGACGGUUACGGUUCCUAUCCGGCCUACAUGCAGAAUUCCCCGAUGUUCAAGAAUAUCGGUCGGAUUGCUACGGACAUGUACCUGCUCUUCCAGCACCACACAACAACAGAGUUGAUGAGAAACGUCAGCACCGACCACGACAUAUUCACGAUUACUGGCACGGGGUGGCAUUUCGUCAAGUUCUUGGGGCCAGCUGUCGCCGUGGUUGGACCUGAUUGUCGCUCUGAGAGGACUCAAGCUCGAGUCCUAGCCGGUCCGACAUACCAGGGCAUUUUCCCCAAAGUCGCCACGCUUCCUCCGAGCGUCCAGCAUGUCAUCUGGAUGGUGUCGGUGCCGCUGAUAUACCCUCGACUUGACACGGUUGAAAGCCUGGCGAACACGGUUGCUGUCGGCAAAAAGGCUGUCAACACGACGUACAACAUUCUCGGCAAGGUCACUAGUUCGGUCGCCGGUGUUGUUGGCGGCAAGGAGGUCGUAGCACAGGGGUUUUCGCAAGUGAAGAAGGCGGUUGGCAAGACUGGUCUGAUGGGCAACGUCCUAAAUCAGUUUGGCGAACUCGACAUCCAAGAAGUCCUGAAGGACAUGUGGACGCAUGACACCAAAGACCUCGAGCGGACGUAUUUUAUCCGAACUCUGCAAGGUAUUGCCCAACAGAAGGGCAUACGUAUGACGUUUCUGUCUGGAGACGUGAAUGCCUCUGGUGCCGGGUUGGUACAUGAUCCGACACACCCUGCGGAUCACAAGACCAUGUAUCAGAUUAUCUCAUCCCCCAUUGUGGGAGCACCGCAGGGCGGCUACGUCCUGAAGAUGCUGCACAAUCAGAAGACGCUGUACGUGCCUCAGAACGGGCAAAAGACGACCAACGAAGUAUCGGACACCAAGGAGGAUAUGAUGGAGAUUUUCCACACCGACGCUAGCGGGGCCAGCCGCGAGCUGAAGAAACUGAUGGGGAGGAGGAACUAUGUCGCCUUCGUCGCGUAUGACCAGGAGGCGGCGAACCAGGCACCCUUCAGCCCAAAUCCAAGCAUCAGCAGCCAGCAGCAGCAACAAGGCUUGUCCAAGUUGAGCAUUGCGGUGGAUUUUGUGGUGCAAGGAGACGGGCCGUUCCAAGCAACAACAAAGUAUGGCCCGGUCAUCAUCCCUCACCUUGAAUUUGGACGAUGA